AUGAACUAUCAAUCGUUCUACACAACCAAAUUUGGCUCGGCAAACAAGAACUCAGAGAGACUGCCGGUCUCUACCUUGACGUGCUCUUCAACCUCGGAAGCAGAAUAUGCCCACUCUCAGGUCUCCGAGCAAGUCUUCCUUCGGUCCGUGGGUGACCUCCGCUCAGAUGUCAGACGAGAGUCUCGCAUUCGACAUCCCAUGGGUCCGGCCACAGACCUCAAAAAUGUGAGAAUAUUUGAAUUUGCCCCGCUUCCACAUCGGGACACUCAAGAUGAACCCAUAAACUUCCAGGCUCAACGUCACAUACUCAGCCGGGAGCCCUCUCUUUCCGCGUGUCAAACAGUGCGAUUAACUGUUGGUACUGGCAGCAGUUCAAAGACCGGGCCCGCAAAUGCGGUCACUACAAUCCCAUGGUAGGUGUGACAGAAAUUACACACACGCACGUUUCAAAAAACACAGUAGAACUACAACGUCCGAGGUAAUAAGAUGGUAUGAUGAUAAGGCAAAAUAACAAAAAAGGUAUCGAAUAAUAUAAUGAUCAAGAUGGGAAGACAAUGGUAAACAAAGGGAAUGCAUCCCCUAACAUGUUAGCAAAGUCACGUGAAGAGCAGCCGACAGCGAAAAAGGGAAGGAAUUAAUAAAGGAUGGGAUUGCCCUUGGAAUGUCGUUGGCUGGUGGAAUGACUUUUGGGUCUAGGUACUGACCGUGAACAGGGAAAAUAUGAUAAUAAGGCGACUUGAACUACCUGGGCUAGAGUCGCGCUGCGACACACCCUCACUUCGUCUUUCCCGCCUAAGCCUCCAUUCAGUGAAAUUGCAAAGACAUUUCAAUACCUUUUUUUCUAUUUGCUUAGGUGCUCCUCUAAAUCUAGACACCUAAGUGACAUUUAAAUCCUAAAUCGUUUACUAUAACGCCUCUUGGAAUGUUCGUUUUAACUUUUUUUAUGAGCAGUUUGUUUGGGUUUAGGGUUAGACAGAAAUAUGUCAUAUAAUAGGUUGGUAUCCCUCUGCACACAGUAAUUGACCAGACGAAUUUAGCCAUGCCUGUCUUCCCACGCAUAGCCGUAAUUUUUGGCCACCUAAAUGUCCUCGAUAUAUCCUUCUUCUUUUCCCAGGUGUGAGUGCCGAGAAAGAGAAGAGGAAGCGGAAAGGCCACUCCAGGCAUAUUAGUCGCAGUCGGCAAUCAGCCAUACCUAAUCUCGGGCUGGCAUGACCUGGAAUUGUAACCCAACCUUUUUGAUUAUUUAACGUUAAGUAGUACAAUCCACUAACAUUUAGCUACGGACUCGCUCUUCUGCCAGUAUUGAUAGAGAGGAUUAUAUACCUACCGUAAAUGCCUUACGAGAUCCGCCUAAGUAGUCUUAAUGUCUACCUUCGGAAUUAUAGACAUUUUCGCGUAGUCUCGAUAGAAAGUUUCGUAUCGUGUGUGGCUUUAGCUGUGUUCUCCAAUGUGAUGACAUUUUACAGCUCGUCACUACAAUUAACCCCCAGAGACAUCCCUUCAAACUACAUGUGCCGCAGGAAAAAUUAUUUGUGAGAAAGGAUUUUUCUCUAACCGUGUUGUGGAACUGUGGAACAACCUGCUGAGACGAUUGCAAAGUCUUCGUCUAUGAAGGCAUUCAAACAUCGACUUGACAGACACAUGCCGCUGCAAGAAGCGGAUUAUGCAACUAUGAGCUAUGUAAAUCUAAGUCCACAUACAGUUGACGCAGUAACUUAUUUAAAUUACUGCAAAUUAUACCGAUCUUUUUGUGACGAAUAGGGAAUUUAAGAGGCGUAGGCCGAAUACAAGGAAUGAAAGAAGCGCGAAACUUUAUUUGUGUCCACGUGUAAGUCGAACGCGCAACAGACCUCUUUUCUGGAUGUGGUGUUAGCCACUGAGGUCGGUUGGUCCUCUUUGGCCUUGAUAAGGAACAGUGACACUUUAUGAGAUGCAACAAAAAUUCUUUGAAGAAUUCCCAGUCCUUGGUUACGUUCCCUUGAAAAUAACAUCUUAACCUAUGAACAAUGUCUCGCCCGCAUCAGAUACAUGUCCGCUCACCAGGUGUUUAACCCCAUCGACUUUCUGCACAUGAUAUAGAGGUCACUCCUCCAAUAGUAUCAUAGGGCCUCUUCAAAAGUGCUAAGGUAGACAAUAUGGCUCACAUGUAUGCCGUCAGGACCUUCUACGAGGACGAUGCCCGAGCAGUUAGCCUGCUGCCCUCCACGCAUUCUUGAUUUGAUUGGAAUAUUUUGUGUGAGGAGAGUUUCAAUUGCUCUCGUUUCCUGCUUUUGCGAUCAGUUUAUUCAAUAGUUACAAGUCAUGUCGCUGUAUGUGAACGUUUUAGGCGAACCCAAAUAUACCGGGGCUUACACCUUUCAUCACAUCCUUUCAAGCUUGAAUUUAUCCGUACAUAAUUCAUCAUCAAUUAGCAUCGAUCUGACUGCUUGAUGCUCAAUGACCAAAUUACCCGUGUUCAAAUAUUAUAUAAUCGGGUCCUGGGGUUGGGUAUGGUUGAUGACGAGGGGUAAUGGUCCACAAAUGGCUUAUACCAUAUGCCUUGUCCUUGUAAAUACAGAAGGCAGGACAUACAAGGCUAGCUCCGGAAUGAAAAAGAUUUUGACUGCCUUUGGUGAGAUGUCGCAUGGUGGGCAAGUUUUGUAAUGUCAGGAUUUAAGUGCAAGAGGAAAAGCGCAGAAGAAAUUGAGGAAGUUGAAGAUAAGGGAAAUGACGGCCCGGUACAUCCCGGCAUCUCCAGAGGAGGUGUGUGCGAGAAAGAAAUGUGACAUUAACAAUCGGCCGCGAUGGCGAUUUCGGGAGCGAACAAUCGCACUAUGAGGCUGCCUGAAAGGUUUUUACACUAGACCACAGAGCACAGUACAAUAAACAUGUUCUGCAACCUGGCGACCAGGAUAGGAUUCACAAACGCCAAAGUGUGCUGUCCAAGGCCGAGGAUUCUCUGAUGUCUGUCAGAGCCAAAUACACGUGUUUUUACUGAUCAACAACUCCUUAAUAUUUUGUCCUCUUUAAUAGUAUGGGACUCAAGCUAAAAAAUAGCAAAUUUGACAGAUAUUUAGAAGAGUACGGUUGGCGACAGGAUGGUUGGUGCAUCAAUCGGGAGCAGUGUAGCAUGAGCACUUACACUCAAAAGAGUAGUUUUGUAUUCGAAGAUGGGUAUUUGAAGAUGGGUAGACGAAUAAACUACCCGAAACGUCGGAUCUUAUAUAAACCCCUCCCGGUGAACGCCCCCUCUUCUUUUGAUAUGCCACCUGGGAAACGGAUUUUCAUUACUAUUGAUGUGAAUUACGGGCGCGAAGCGCUUCAGCUGGCUCGUCGUUGGGAGAAAACUGUCCUCCGACAGGCCUCGACCUAUGCACAGCUCCAUUUCCUUCACAGAUGCCUUGCCAACUAUGUUAUGCCAAAAUGCCUCUCCUACAAGCCUCCAGUCAACACGGAAUUAGCUAAACAAACGGUGUUCCGUCAUAGUCGGCGAAUGACAAGGGUACUCAUACAAGAUUGUCACCUGCAACUUAAGAAAUACGCACACAGUGCUGAAAACUACCGGAUGCUUGUUACACGCCGGUGUGGGGAAUCGACUGCCGCCACAUUGGAGAACACAGUACUAGCAUUGGGACGAAAGAAACGCGCUAACAGAGAUGCGGAUUUAUCGAUAAAGUUCAUGACAGUGCAGACCGCACAAGACUAGGAAACCGAACAAACGAUAGUACAUAACCUCUCGUCAAAACAUCUUGCUGUGACCCAAACAAAAGUUCUUCAACGUGCAUCUGGUUUUAACACAACUGACGCCAACCCGGUCACCUUCAUUGCUUCUUUCGAAUCAGUGCUUCGUCAAACCGGCGUCACAGACGAGGUAAAGGACCUUCUUCGACAUCAAGUCUCUUCACUUCUCAUGUCGCACCGGAAAACCCAUUCCCUGCUAAGAGAUGAACAAAAGGCCCUAAGGGAGCUGAAAGCGGACACCGAAAUAGUUAUUCUGCCUGCUGAUAAAGGCCGGUCAACCGUCAUCCUCGACAAGGUGGACUACCGACGCAAAGCCCUCCUGCUCCUCAACGAUCGAAAGUCCUACAAAAUCAGCGACACCGCCGGUCUAAAGUCGCUAGUGGCAAAGGGUAACAGAAUUCUUGCUUGACUAAAAAAGGACAAGGUCAUCACCGUCAAAGACUGGUAUAUGGCAAAGCCCACAGAAACCGCUAUGGCGAGAUUCUAUGGUCUCCCAAAAGUUCACAAGCCAGAUGUUCCCCUCCGUCCUAUCGUCUCACUCCGAGGCACACCCACAUAGGGCUUGCAAGCUGGCUAUUUCAGAAGCUAAGAUUCCUAACUGCAGGCUCACAAACAACGGUGCACUCAGCAGAACAAUUCCUUGACAAAAUAAGGGCAGUUACGAUCGAACCGAAUGAAAGGAUGGUGUCUUUUGACGUCGUCUCACUAUUCACGUCCAUACCACAGGCCCUUGCGGUCGAAACGCUCAGUGACCUGCUACGUCAAAAUUACGACGGGGGCGAUGGCCAGCCCACAGCUCAGGAUCUCAUAGAACUCAUGGGGCACCGCCUCAAGACAUUCUUUACCUUCGAAGGGACCACAUACGAGCAGAUCAAGGGCACUCCAAUGGGUUCACCAAUCUCCGGACUCAUUGCCGAGGCGGUUCUACAAAAACUCGAGAGACGACUAUUCGAGGAGUACAAACCCAAGUUUUGGGCACGCUACGUUGAUGACACUUUCGUAAUCAUAGACCAGGAUAAAAUCAACUACAUGCGGAAGUACUGA